CGGUUUGCUUUUUGACGUCGUUACGGGAUGCAAGACACGCAUGUUUGAGCGAUCCAGAUAUCCUUUGGGAGGACAUGGCGCGUGGCUGAUGGCGCGCCAGAGCUUAAUGAGGGGUGACAAGCGGGGUCCGCGAUCUGGGUAACCUGCGGGGGAUGAUAUAUAGAUACGGCUAUCCGGCCACGAUUGCGAGGCCGGGUAUUUCUUCGAACUUUCUUGGUCUUCUGGUACGUUGUGUCAGAUCUGCUGCUGCACAGAUCGAGUGAUCGAGUGAUCAAGUCUUGAUACGCGACGCGACUUCACAUCCUCUGUCUACAAAGCUAUAUCUCGCAUUGGAGCAAGGUUGAAAGCGUUCCCAUACAACCAAUUCCCACAGAUCCCCAGAAAUUGCAACCAUGUCGAGGAAACACUUCUUUCCCAACCCUGAGGGCGUGGUCGUCCACAUGCUCAACUCCCUCGUCAAACGCAAUUCCUUCAUGGGCCUCGAUGUAUCGAACCGCGUCGUCUACAACACCGCACACCCUCCGGACCAAGUCACUAUCAUCUCGGGUGGUGGCUCCGGUCACGAGCCCGCGUGGUCUGGUUUUGUGGGUGACGGUAUGCUGUCUGCGGCUGUCUGCGGUGAUAUCUUCGCAUCGCCGAGUACGAAACAGAUCAUGGCUGGUAUUAGGAAUGUGCCCUCGAAUGAAGGUGUCAUUUUGUGUAUCACAAACUAUACUGGUGAUAUGCUGCACUUUGGCCUGGCGAGGGAGAAGGGUCAGGCGUUGGGGUACAAAGUUGAUGUUAUUUGCAUGGCUGAGGAUGCAGCUCUGGGACGAGAGAAGAGUGAAAAGGUUGGGAGAAGAGGGUUGGCGGGUAAUUUGCUCGUGAUCAAAUUGUCUGGAGCAGCGAGUCAAAAGGGAUGGGCUUUCCAGCGAGUCCGCAAGAUCGGUGAACUGGGCAACUCACAAUUGGUGACCAUUGGUACAAGUCUUGAUCACUGCCACGUACCUGGUCGUGAAGCGUUCGAAUCAGUGCCAGAUGAUGCUUGUGUGGUGGGUAUGGGAAUCCACAACGAGCCGGGCCUCCGAACAAUAUCCCCAAUGCCCGCGCCCGAAGACAUCAUCAAAGAGAUGCUGAAAUACCUCCUCGAUCCCAAAGACACCGACCGCGCAUUCGUACCCUUCUCACCGUCCGACUCGAUUGUCAUGCUCGUCAACAAUUUUGGUGGACUAUCAAAUCUCGAGUUCGAUGCCAUGGUCAACAUCGCUCUGGAAAUCCUCGAGUCAGACUACAACCUCAAGCCUGUGCGCAUCUACGCCGGCGUCCUCGAGACAUCACUCAAUGGCCAAGGGUUCUCUAUCACACUAGGCAACAUGUCCGGCAUGGCAAAGGGCAUGGAACUGACCGACGAGGAAGUCAUCGAACUCCUCGACGCACCCACCAACGCCCCUGCAUGGCCCAAGAACGGCUACAGACCUUCAAACUACAACAAAGAGACAGAAGAGCUCCGCAACAAAGCUAACGCCGCACACGAGAGCCAGAGCGGCCGAGACAAAGGCCCCGCCAUACCAGCCUCUCUCAUCCCAGCGCUCAGAAAAGCAUGCAACGACGCGCUCGCUGCCGAGCCCAAGAUCACACAAUACGAUCUUCAAAUGGGCGACGGCGACUGCGGCGAAGCCGUAGCCGGCGUAUGCAAGAACAUCCUUACGAACCUCGAUUCCGUAGAGGCGAACCCACCAGCCAUCCUUGCACUUCUCGAAAGCGUAGGCGAGAACGUCGAAGAUGUCGGCGGCUCGCUCGGCGCCAUCUUAUCCAUCCUUGUCACAGCAUUCACCAAUACGCUCUCCGCCUCUACACUGCAAUCAAACGCACCGCUCUCCAUCGACACCGUAUCUCAGGCUGCGUCGCUGGCGCUCGAAAAUCUUAAGAGCUACACUUCUGCCCGUGAAGGCGACAGGACGGUUAUGGAUGUGCUCAUCCCAUUCAUUGAUACGCUGGCUGAGACGAAGGAUUUGGGCAAGAGUGUACAGGUUGCGCAGCAGAGGGCGCAGGAGACGGCGGAGAUGAAGGCGAAGUUUGGGCGUGCGACGUAUGUUGGUGAUGGGAUGGGGGAGGAUCGGAGUAAGAUCCCGGAUCCGGGGGCGUAUGCUGCGGGUGUUUGGUUGAAGGGGUUGGAGGAAGGGUUUAGGGGGGCGUAGGAUGUGUUCUGGUCUGAAAGAAAAGAGUGG